GUGGUCGUUUAGUCAGAAAUAUGAACGCGGACGUAAUCUUCUUGCUCUGUCAAGCGCGGGCAGUGCCUGUCAAAUGCGAUUGAGGCUGGAAUGCACUGAUCAGUGCUAGAACAGCAUUUGGCGUUUGAGAUUUGACAUUGGAUGGUGCGUGCGUGCCAGGGAUCUGAAUAUUUUGUCAAUUUUGUAAUUAGUAUUCAAACUCUGGAAACGAACUGCAAUCUGUUUGGGUUUUGCGUGUAAAUGGCGACUCUACUCAUAUUUCGAUUAGUGUACCGCCCCACCUUUUUCGAAAAUCAUUGAAAUUACAAGGUACGGUAUUGUUGCUCCAAUUCUAACAAUAGGAAGAAAAGUUAUUGAGCCCAACCAUACGUGAUAUCUAAAGGUGAUAUCGUAUCACACAAUACGACUUUAACGCAUAUGUACGUACGUAUAAUACGUGACAAUACAUCAUUGCAAUACAUGCAUACAUGUGCACGCAUGAUACAUGUGAAGCUCGCCACCUUGAUUGCUACAACUCCAAAAGUUCAAACUCCUCUGCUGACAGCAUGGCUGUUACCAGAAUUGUCAUCAGGAUUUGUCAAAACGUCAAGUACUGCUGAAAAUUAUGUGAAAUUCGGUAUUCGGACGAUUAUUUCUCGCAUAAGUGUGAUGGGUUAAGCGAGCAGUGAUAACCAACAUUGGUGCAGCGUAAAAACGCUUGCUGUUUCAUGAGUAAUAGUAACUGCUGUUGGAUGUAAGACUCACCAUUAAAUCUCGCUUAUAGUGACUAGCUGCUUCUUUAUACAACAUAGAUUCAACGAUGGACCCUGAGAAUCUUAUGAUGCAGGGAAUCCUGCUAUUUCCACCGCAAGGAGUACUAGGACAACUUAAGAAAACCUGGCACAAGAAGUUCUGCCUACUUUUUAAUCCCAGCAAGGUUGGAAUCAAGAGACUUGAGAUAUAUGAUAGUCAAGAUGAAGUAUCGGCACAGCCACAUUCUUCUAAAAUCAUCACCCUGGAAGCCUGUAUUAAAAUUACACCAAUCAAUCAGCCACACGUUUUUACUGUAGUCACUAAAACCGGUGUUCAUCAUUUUGGCUGUUGCUCCGAAUCAGAGAUGACGACAUGGAUAAAUGCUUUUCAAACAGUUGCUUUCAAAGACACUCUUUUGUCGCAAACAAUCGAAGAGAAUAAUGAUUUGUAUUGCACGAGUGGAGAGGGAAUCUUUGCGGUAAAGCUAGUGGCAUCCGAUGCUUCCAAAAGAUGCGGAUUACAGGAAAAGAAUUACACAUUAAUAAUAGCCACUGCCGAUAUGAAAUUGAUGGACGGAGAAUAUAUGCUAUACAUGUGGCCUUAUCGGUUCAUAAGAAGGUAUGGUUACAGAGAUGGCAGAUUCACUUUUGAGGCCGGUAGAAAGUGUGAUUCAGGUGAAGGAUCGUUCCACUUAGAGCACAAUAAUCAGCAGGAAAUAUUCAGGUGUUUAUCUACAAAGAUGAAGUGCAUGAAAAAGCUAUUGAGUGGAGAUAGUAGCCCUACUAUAGAAUGUAACAAUGCUCAAUAUCAUGCAGCUAUGUCGAUGGAGGCUGGUUCCAGGUCUCCGUUACCUCCUUCCCCAAAUAGUUCAGCUAAUUUAGUGGACAUGGAAUUUUCAACAAUAUCCCAGAACUCUCAGAAGCAAUUGUACUCUUCGUCUAGUCUGGAAUCUAUAUCUUUUAUAAAACCACCUCCUCCAAUCGUGAAACCGAAACCUGCAAAACCUCCGCGAAAACAUAUGUUUACUUCUCUUUUAGAAAGAAAGCCCCUUGAACAGGAGUUCCCUGACUCAAUGUUGUGUGGAAAGUACACCCGAUUGAACUCAAGCAGCUCUUCAGAGUUUCCUUCAACGGAAAACAACAACUUGACUCAUGACGACUUGAAAAAUCCGUACGAUUCUAUCGAAAUCAGAAACAAUGCAUGGAAAACACAUGGCGUUGAUAAUGUACCGCACACAGAAAUGGUCAGUCCAUGUAGCUACGGAGAUGGCAAUGAAGGACAGUACGAAGCUAUUGAGACUUUAUCCUUGGCUUCACAUAGUUCAUCUAAGAGUAAAACUAGCACCACUGAACUGACUAUUACCCCAACAUGUCCCAUUAUUCGCAACAACGUUUCAAAUAAGUCUGAUCCGCCAAAUUACGACAAGUUACAACAUUUCGGCUCCACUCAUAAGCUAAAUCAUAACUCAGCGUACAGAACUCCCAAUAUUCAAAAUAAUACUCAAAAUAUCUCUCAAGUGAAUUCACCUUUGAUACCUGCUGUAAAUAAUAACUCAACAACAUCAUGGGAUAACUAUGACUUUGUCGAGGAUAUGUGUGCAGUGAGAUUGGCAGAUGAUAGUAGUCAUGGCUACGGAAUGAUUCGAAAGAAAUCUAUUCCACCCAACAUUGUUGGACCAAAUCACAAGAUAUACAACGAAACUGAAUACGCGAUUAUUUCAAAGCCAAGGAGGGUUUGAGUUUUCUAAGGUUUUUCAUGUGUAAUUCAUGAUAGUUCAGUGCAUUUUUGUGAAAAUAAGUUAGUAUUCCCUCGUUAAAGAAUAAGCGAUUUCGCGUGUCUCUGAGUGGACAAAACUUGGAUCUAGUGCCUUAAUACUAUAAUACUAUCAUAUGACAUACAUAAAGUAAUAUGGAAUGAUAUAAGUGAUGAUAGAAGCCAAAUUAUUACAUUAAAAAAAUCAACUAAAUACUGCGACUUCUUUAAAAGUAAUUUCACGUACUUACUUACUUUUUAAUAAUUGUGGUAUCUCUGUUUACUAUCACUAAAUCACCUUGAAGCUAGAAUCAAAACUGAAAUUUGUCAAAAAUUAUUUGCACAUUAUUGCCAAUAAUGAAAUGCCAUCAAUGUAAUUCAUCUAUCCACCAUUAUAAGUUAAUGGUUCAGCAAUAAUAGUGCCAUGGAGAUGAAUAUGUAAAGUUGUAUACGUUUUAAGUAGGGUAGAACAUAUGAGCACCUAUGUGUUAUUAUAGGUUUAAUAAGAACUUAUAUUUUUUGUUCGAUGUUAUAUAGUAUACGUGUUUCAUGUGGUUUAUGCGCAAUCAAAGAAUGGUGCAUCACGUAGCUUUACAGAUGGUCAAAUACUUAUUGUUAGUUAUGUUUGCAGGAAUGACCAAAGAAUGAUCACUGAACAUGGAAAACCUAUUUAUGCCUGAGACAAUCAUAACUCGACAUGUGAUACCGGUAAUUGCUUGCUAGAGUGACAUGGUCAAAAGUCAUCAAGCUCAUACAGGAAAGUUGCAAGUCAUAAUUUACCGAUUUUCCAAUUUCUUGCAGCAAGUGAAAUACUGCCGAUAUUCAGAAACAAAAUUCCAAAACUGUGUAAACUAUUAAUUUCACAUCAUCAAAAUGAUGUGCAAGCGAUUGAAGCAUCUGAAUUCUAAUCUUCAACAUGAAUGUCAUAGUGUAUUACCUUAUUUGAAUUCAAUCCGAUACAAGUCGUAUUAUGCAUAAGUUAAUUUGAUAUAUUUAUUUUAAAUUUACGUGCAAAAAAAAAUAUUUGUUAUUUUACAACAUACCAAUACCAAUAGAUAAAUCUAUUAAACAUUGUCCAAACAAGAAA